UCCAAACUCAAGCCAAAAAAACGCUUGGUUUUGCUAGUUUCUAUUUCAUAUUUCCCAGUUUUUAUUAAAUUAUUUGUUUAUUAUUAAAAGUUAAUUAAAAUGGGUGGUUGCAAAUGUACCUUUCGCACCUGCCCCGUAUCAUCUUUAAAAUUCCCCAAAAUGACUUUCUUCCACUAUCCACUAAAAAAAGACCAUUUAAUUAACAAAUGGAUUGAAUAUGCCGACUAUAAUCAAAUCAAUCAAAUGGCACAAAGUCAAGCUAAAAAUCGAGCUGUUUGUGCUCUACAUUUUAAAGAUGAAUGUUUUAUGAAUUAUAAAAAGAAUCGAUUAACUCCGACAGCUAUUCCCACUUUAGAUAGACUAAGAACUGGAGAAGUUCUUGAUUAUUCAUUGGGACCGAAUCCUAGUCCAAUUUCACUUCCUCCAACAAAAGAUAAACAUUUAAUUUUACCUGAGGGUGAAUAUGUUUGGGGACAACCGCCAGAUUUUUGGCUAAAAUACUCUACAAUGACGAGUAAACAUAUUUUUAGGCCAAGGGGAGGGAAUGGUUCAUUUGAAGUUGGAGUAAAACCUCCGCCUUCAAAGAAACCAAGAAUACUCAAUAACGAUUUGUUGUCAGUUUGUUCCUCGAAUGGAACAUUUGAAAUUGAUGAGAAUACAACAAUCGCUUUGAGUGAGGAAGUCUUCCAAGAAGACAAUGACGACGAUGACAAUGACGAUGAUUCUAGUAGCAUUAAUUUGCCUGAAGAAGGUCAGAGUCUUGAAGUUGCUCAGGAGUCGUCGUCAUUGGUCUUAGAUACUCCUUUGGGUAUCAUUGACAUUGACUCGGAGGUUGAGUUUAUCACCGAAGAGCACGAAGUCGAUCAAACAGACAACGAAGACAAAAUUAGCAAAGAAACGUUUGAGACAACUUGUAGACAUUACGAAGAAGAAAUUCAACUUCUCAAAUCCGAUAUGGAGACAAGAGAAAAAGUAUUUCGACAAAAAAUCACAGAACUCCGUGAUGAACUGACUCUUACAAAGUCAAAUUUAAAAGUCUCAGAAGAAGACACUCUAAAUUGGAAGACCAAAACAAUAGAAUGCACAAAGAAACUUUCCGAAUCAGAAACACAAAAUCAAGAACUUCGUCUUAAAGCUAAAGCACCUCCACCACCUCCAGUUGUUAUAAAACCCGCCAACACUCCAUCAACAUCGACUACAUUGACGAAACCUCAGCUAUUUAAUGGAAUUAAAAAGUAUUUAAGUGCAUCGAUGACGGCAUUGGUAAGGAUGGAAAUGUUUGGUAGUUCGGAGCGUGCAUGGAAACCGGAUGAGAAACAAGUGUCGGUGGAGUUGUUGAAAUUGGGCGAGAAAGUAUUUAAAUAUUUGAAAGAUGAGUGGAGAUUUCGGCUGCCGCCACAGAAAAUGGUGGAAGAAUGGACGAAUGAAGUAGUGGAUGAAGAUGAGGAUGAUUUGUAA